CUUCUGUCCACUGCUCUUGAGUUAGUGGUCUGCUUCUUUUCAGUUUGGUCCAUUUUGGGCCUCUCAGGCUUCCAUACAUACCUGGUGGCUACAAAUCUUACUACCAAUGAGGAUAUUAAAGGUUCCUGGUCAGGGAAAAGUGGAAAUGAGGACGUUGGAAAUCCUUACAGUUACAACAGCAUUAUCAAAAACUGCUGUUCUGUGCUCUGUGGACCCAUGCCGCCCAGUUUGAUUGACAGGCGAGGAUUUGUGCCCUCCGAUGACUCAGUCCAGACCAGUCCUGUGGAAAUCGAACUCCCGGCUGCUAAAAACGACAUAAACAUGGUAGGACGAGCAGUCACCUCAGGCCGACCUCCUCCUCCUCCUCGACCCCCGGUCAUAACCCUACAGCAACCUGCCAUCUCCAUUCAGAGCCACUCGACAGCCUGACUGAUCCAAAGCCAGCAUUUCCCCCUCUUGCUUUGUUGUUUGAUGCGUUUGGCACGGGUCGCACCCUUCAUUUAGAUGUCAGACAGCGUUCGGGUCUGGGCUGCAGCCAAGUGCGGCUGUCCGAUUUGUUUGGUGUUGAGGAGAGCCAUUGUGGCUUGGUCAAAGUCACAUAGACAGAUGAGAUUUGUGUUGUUUACUUUGAGUUUGAAAGGGACGUAAAUGUUUAUGGACUCAUUCACUAUGGUUUGGCUCCCUCGGAGAUCAGUGUUUUGGAGUGUAUAUGGUUUACAGAGCAAAGGGUGUAGCCGUCGUGUUACGUUGCACAACUGUGUAUUUUCUUA